AUGUCACCUACUACUAAUAGCAACAAUAGAAGUAGUAGUAGCACACGGGAUAAUCAACCAUAUCAUCGUAUAUCUAAUAGUAUAUCCUCAAUCCAACAUCCACUCCCGUCUAGUCCACCAACUUAUGAUGAAUUAGUUGAUAGCAAUACAACAACAACUGGUAAUACUGGUAAUACACCCCCCAUAGAACAAUUUGAAAUAGAUGAUAGUUAUUUUGAUUAUGACACUCAUCAAUUACAUCCUCAAAGUAGAAUUUUAAUUAUUUAUAAUUUUAUUAAUAAUAAUAUUAUAAAUCCAAUUAAUAAAUUAAUUGAACCAAUUUAUGAAGGUUAUAAAUAUUUCCAAUUACAAUAUGAAAAAUCAAUAUUAAAAUUAGGUAAUCCUUUAGUUGUUAAACGAUUAUUAUAUGUUACAUUUAUAAUGACAUUAAUAUUUUUCAUAUCAAAAUAUAAUACAAAUGAUAGUAUUAAAGGUUCAAGUGGUGGAGGAGGAUCAUCAUUUAAUACGGGGAAACUUUAUAAUAUUAAUAAAUUACAAGAUGCUAUUCAUAAUUAUAUUGAUCCAGAAUUAAUGAAGGAUAAUUUACAAUAUUUUAGUUCAAUAUCUCAUAUAAGUGGUACAAAAGGUGAUUUAACAUUAGCUAAAUAUAUUGAACAAUCAAUGAAAAAUAAUGGAAUUCAUAAUGUUGAAUUUAAUGAAUUACAAAGUUUAAUAAAUUAUCCAAGUAAAAAUCCCGAUGAUACAUAUAUUAAAUUAUCUGAUGGAAGUUUCACAGCAAAAUUAUAUGAAUCUGAUGGUUCCAAAUUGGAAAAUUUUGCAUUUAUGCCGAAUUCAUUAAAUACUGAAGAAAUUAAUCUAAAAUAUAUUUAUUUAAAUUAUGGAUUACAUCAAGAUUAUAAAUCACUUGAUUCAAAUAAUAUAAAUUAUCGGGAUAAAAUCGCAUUAAUUAAAUAUGGUGGAGGAAUUCCUGAAUCAAAUAAAGUUAAAUUAGCUCAAUCAAAAGGAAUAAAAGCAAUAAUUUUCAUAUCUCCAAAAUUCAAUAUCCCAUUUAGUUACAUGGAAACUAUUGAACAUGAUGAUGUUAUAAUUCGUGAAAAUGUUGGAUUAACGAGAAUUUCUCCUGGUGAUGUAUUAACUCCAGGUUGGUCUUCAGAAGAUGGAUAUAUUACCAGAUUAUCUUGGGAAAAAUCUCAAACUACUCCAAAAAUACCCACUAUCCCAAUUUCAAAUAAAGAUGGACAAGCCUUGAUCAAAAAAUUGGGCAACAACAAGGGGUUUAAAUUUCCUGAUGGGACCUAUAGUGGGAAUGAUGAAUCUGAUCUUACUAUACAAUUGAAAAUAACCAAUACUAUACGUGAAUUACAUCCAAUUUGGAAUGUUAUUGGUUCAAUUGAAGGUCGGGAACAAAAUGAUAAAGCGGUGAUUAUUGGUGCCAAUCGAGAUUCAUUAUGUGAUGGAACUAUUGCCAAUGGUGGAUCAAUUGUAUUACUUGAAUUAAUUAAGAUUUUCACAUCAUUACAACGGAAAUUUCAAUGGAGUCCAACAAGAUCAAUAUAUUUUAUAUCAUUUGAUGGUGGAGAAUAUAAUUUAGCUGGAAGUUCUGAAUGGAUUGAAAAUAGACGAGAAAUCUUAUCAAAACAAGGAUAUUUAUAUAUUGAUUUAUCUGAUUUAGUUUCGGGAGAUAAAUUACAAAUUAAUGCUCAUCCUUUUCUUCAAGGGGUUAUAAAGGGGGAAUUUUCAAAAUUUAGAAGUGGUGAAUUAUAUGAAUUAUUUCAUAAUUCAUAUCAUGGAGAUUUGAAAGAAUUAACAAUUGAUAAUAAUUUUAUGGAAUUUAAAAAUUAUUUACCAUUUAUUAAUUUACUUAAUAUUCCAAGUUUAGAAAUUAAAUUCGUAGGAGAUGAAACAUAUCCUAAGAAUUCAUGUUUUGAUGAUAUGUCAUAUUUUAAAUAUUCCCAUGGUGAUAGUAGUAAUAGUCGUAUGACAAAACAUGCACAAAUUGUUGAAUUAUUAGCUAGAGUAAUACUUAAAUUUGCUGAAGAUCCACUUAUACCUUAUUCAUUUGAAGAAUUAUCCAAUUCCUUAGACCAUUCAAUUAAAGACCUACAAUCAUAUGCCCAAUCAUCUCAUUCCCAACUUAAUUUUGAACCAUUAUUUAAAGCAAAUCUGAUUCUUAAAGAUAAUGGCCAAAAAUAUGAAAAAUGGAGAUUUGAAUGGACAAGAUUUAUUGCUAAUUCAAAUGGGGCCGAACCUAGUUUAUAUGCAUUAACUCGUUGGAAAUGGAAUGAAAAUAUGUUGGUAUUUAAUAAUAAAUUCUUAAGACCAUUUAUUACUCCCCAACUGAGUCAUCAAGGUAGUGAAUUGGUAAGACCGGGAUAUUUGAAUCGAUUAUUUGGCAUGGGGUAUGGAACUCCAUUGAAUGAUAAGACACAUGAAUGGAAUACUUUCCCGGAGAUUAGGGAAAUGAUUAGAAUGGGUGCGGAUGGGGGCAAGAUCCAGAAUGAAAUUAAUUCAUUGGCUAAUACUUUUGCUGAAGCUGCCAGGGAGUUUUUGAAUUUGAAUAGUUAG